UUUUUUUUUUUUUUUAUCUCGUCAAUUUUCUUAUCAUGUCUCCUUCAACAGCGACUGAGACUUCGCCACUAUUACAGAAAUUCAAUACACCGGACGAUCAGGUCACCAUUUUGGAUGAUGAUAUUAAUGGAAAUAUCUCCGUUAUUACAACCGAAUGUUCUUCGUUGAAGGAUGAUGAUACCGAGGCGGCUUUGUUAAAAAGAAGAUUGAAUGGCUCGCCUUUGAUGGUUCUUUUGAUUGGUUUAUGGGUUGGUGUUGGAUUAUCAUCUCUUGAUGCCUCAAUUGUUGCCACCAUCUUUCCCCAAAUCGGCACUGAGUUUAAAAGAUCCAAUGAGAUUAUCUGGAUCGCUACUUCUUAUAUGCUCAGUUAUACUGCCCUUCAACCUUUAUAUGGACGUAUUUCUGAUGCAUUUGGUAGAAAAACUGCAUAUUUAGGAGCAACUAUUAUUUUCUUUGUUGGUUCAGCUUUGUGUGGUGCAUCCAACAGUUUAUGGACGUUGGUUAUUUCAAGAGCAAUUGCAGGUAUUGGUGGCGGAGGUAUGAACACUAUGUCAGCUGUUAUCACAAGUGAUUUUGUCUCAUUGCGUCAAAGAGGAAAAUUCCAGGGGUAUGCAAAUAUUGCAUACGGCCUUGGUUCUGUAAUCGGUGCUCCCUUGGGUGGUAUCAUUACUGACAGUAUUGGAUGGCGUUUCUGUUUUUACAUCAACUUACCUCUUUUGCUCGUUUCGCUUUACGUCGCAUUUUUCAUCAUCACCAACUACAACUUAGAAGAACAAGAGGUACAAACAACUACACUUGAAAGAUUUAAGCAAAUCGAUUACUUGGGUUCCGCCACUGUAGUUUCCUCUGUAAUUUGUUUCUUGUUGGCUACAUCAAUGGGCGGUAACUCUCAUGAAUGGAGUGAUCCUUUGAUCAGUGGAUUACUCGUUUCUUCUGUCAUAUUGGCCGUGGUGUUCUGCUAUGUCGAGGCAAAUAUUGCUCUUAACCCUUUAAUGCCUUGGGACAUCAUCUCGAGUCGUACCCCUUUCGCUUGUUCUUUGACCAAUUUCUUUAUUGUCAUGUGCUCUUUUGCUCUUACAUAUACCACACCUAUCUAUUUCCAAGGUGUUCUGGGCUAUAGCUCAUCUCAAUCCGGUUUGUUUUUCUUACCAAAGGUCUUUGCUAUGUCUGUUGGUUCUCUUGCUGCUGGAUUCUGGAUGGCUAGAACUGGUGAAUAUACCAAGUUCAUGACAGUCUCUAGUUUGAUUGCGUUGGCUUCUAUGAUCGGAACAAGUUUGUGGACUACCGAUACCUCGUUUACGUUCUUGAUUAUCUGUCUUGUGCUUGAUGGUUAUUCUGCUGGUUCAAUUAUUACCACCGCUCUUGUCUCCAUGCUUUCCUGUGUCGGUAGCUCAGAAAUGGCGACCAUUACUUCAAUUUCAUAUCUCUUCCGCUCUGCAGGUGGUGUUAUUGGUAUUUCUGCCACAUCUGCUAUCUUCCAAGGUGUCGUAAAGAAAGUUUUGACAGAGAGGAUUACAGGCCCUGAUGCCGAAAGUAUUAUCGAAAUUGCGCGUAAAUCGAUGACAGAAGUCCGAACUCUUCUUCCUCCCGAUGCACUCGCUAUUGUGCUUGAGACCUAUGAAAUCGCUGUUCGUUAUUCUUUCUACUAUUGUAUCUUCAUUGCUACACUUUGUGUCUGUUCCACUUUGUUCAUCCAACAAUUUAACUUGCACACUAAAGUCAAGUAAACUUUUUGUUGCUUGCAAAAAUUAUUCAGCUGGACUCUUUAAUAAAUACUCCCUUGUGUACAUUAAUUACCUUUAAACAAUAAAAUAUGAAUACGAACUCUUGAAUCGACUGAUUGUAGCU